GAUCCCGUGAGCGCGUCGAAACCGCAGCCAGCCGCAUCUCGUUUCUCCUCUCCUCCCCUCUCGGUAAAAAAGGCGACGUCUUUCACCCUCCUCGCCGCCGCGGCGCCUCCUCCUCCUCCCCGACCUCCUACGCACGCCAGCCCCGCCGAACGGAACCACAACAAGAAAAGGAGGACACAUCCCCCGCCCCGCCGAAGAACGCAUCUCGUGCCCCUCGUCCCGGCCGCACGCACAGUCUGCCGCCCGGAUCCCGCCGGCCCCUCCGUCCCAUGCGCACGGCGCCGCCGCCACAGCCAUGAGCCUCUCCACCCUCGCCCGCGCCGUCGGCCGCUCCGCCCGCUCCUCCCGCCAUCGCCAGGGUUUCUCCCUCGGCGGGCUCCGUGCGCCGCCCGCGCCGCCGCUCCCGCCGGCCCACGGCGGGGAUGCCGGGGCGCUGGGCCUCGUCCGCGGGUACCUGACGGCCUCGCUGGGGAGCCCCGCCGCCGCCUCCGCCUGGAGGACCUCCGACUGGAGGUACCUCCUCGCCAGCCCGCAGUUCCGCAGGCUCUUCUCCAGCGGCUCCAAGAAGAAUUACGAGAACUAUUUCCCCAAGGGGAAGAAGGAGGCGCCCAAAGGGGAAGGGAGCAACAAGGAUUCCAAGCAGGAAUCCAAUACGGACGACCAGUGGAGCUUCCAGGACGGUACUUGGAAGCAAAUACAGAAUAUCCUUGGACCUCUACUGCUUCUUGGCCUCAUGCUCUCAUCCUUGUCUUCUGGCUCAUCAGACCAGAAGGAGAUAAGCUUCCAAGAAUUCAAGAACAAAUUACUAGAACCUGGCUUAGUUGAGCGCAUUGUUGUUACAAAUAAAACAGUGGCAAAGGUCUACGUCAGGAGCACACCACAGGCGAAUGUUGAAGGCCAAAAAACUACCGAUAUUGCGACCAGUGGUGCUCCAGGCAGACAGGUUCCUGGCAAAUACAAGUAUUUCUUCAAUAUUGGAAGUGUUGAUUCGUUUGAAGAAAAGUUAGAGGAAGCCCAGGAAACUCUGGGUAUAGAUUCGCAUGAUUAUGUUCCAGUAACUUAUGUUGCUGAGGUAAACUGGUUCCAAGAAAUCAUGAGAUUUGCCCCAACAGCAUUCCUUGUUGGACUGCUAUACUUGAUGGGGAAAAGGAUGCAGAGUGGAUUUAAUAUUGGAGGUGGUCCUGGGGGGAAGGGUAGCCGUGGUAUUUUCAACAUUGGAAAAGCAACGGUGACAAAGAUGGACAAAAAUACAAAAAAUAAGGUGUAUUUUAAGGAUGUAGCUGGCUGCGAUGAAGCUAAACAAGAAAUAAUGGAGUUUGUGCAUUUUCUGAAAAAUCCGAAGAAGUAUGAGGAGUUGGGAGCUAAGAUACCCAAAGGUGCACUGCUUGUAGGUCCUCCUGGAACUGGAAAGACGCUACUUGCUAAAGCUACAGCAGGAGAGUCUGGUGUGCCCUUCAUGUCAAUUUCUGGUUCCGACUUCAUGGAAAUGUUUGUAGGUGUUGGACCAUCCAGGGUAAGAAACUUAUUCCAAGAAGCUCGUCAGUGUGCACCCAGUAUCGUAUUUAUUGAUGAGAUCGAUGCAAUUGGUCGCGCAAGAGGCCGUGGAGGUUUUUCUGGUUCAAAUGAUGAGCGUGAAAGUACUUUGAACCAGCUGCUUGUAGAGAUGGAUGGAUUUGGUACCACCGCUGGUGUUGUUGUUCUCGCUGGUACAAAUAGGCCUGAUAUCCUUGACAAGGCACUGCUAAGGCCUGGAAGGUUUGAUCGGCAAAUAACAAUUGACAAACCAGAUAUAAAGGGCCGUGAUCAGAUAUUCCGCAUAUAUCUUACAAAGCUUAAAUUGGACCAGGAACCAACAUUUUACUCGCAGAGGCUAGCUGCUUUGACACCUGGGUUUGCUGGAGCUGACAUUGCUAAUGUCUGUAAUGAAGCUGCUUUGAUUGCUGCAAGAACCGAUGAAACUCAGAUUACAAUGCAGCAUUUUGAAUCUGCAAUUGACAGGAUUAUUGGUGGUUUGGAGAAGAAAAACAAGGUAAUUAGCAAACUGGAGCGCCGUACUGUUGCUUACCAUGAAGCAGGGCAUGCUGUUGCUGGAUGGUUUUUGGAACAUGCAGAGCCUCUUCUGAAAGUUACAAUUGUUCCUCGUGGAACAGCUGCUUUAGGCUUUGCACAAUAUGUCCCAAAUGAAAAUCUUCUAAUGACAAAGGAGCAGCUUUUCGAUAUGACAUGCAUGACAUUAGGUGGCCGAGCUGCGGAGGAGGUUUUGAUUGGAAGAAUCUCGACUGGUGCUCAGAACGACCUGGAGAAAGUUACAAAAAUGACAUACGCGCAAGUUGCUGUAUAUGGUUUCAGCGAGAAGGUUGGUCUUCUAUCCUUCCCCCAGAGGGAGGAUGGCUUCGAAAUGAACAAGCCUUACAGCAACCAGACAGCAUCCAUCAUCGAUACCGAGGUGAGGGAAUGGGUUGCCAAGGCCUACAAAAGAACCGUCGAGCUGUUGACGGAGAAGAAGGCGGAAGUAGCCCAAAUCGCAGAGUUGCUGCUGGAGAAGGAGGUCCUCCACCAGGACGACCUGACCAGGGUACUAGGAGACCGCCCCUUCAAAGCGGCAGAGCUAACGAACUACGAUCUCUUCAAGCAGGGGUUCCUGGAUGAAGAGGGCAAGAGCCCAGAAGAGCCCGCGAAGGACGCCGAGGUGCCUGAUGAUGAUGGGUCGCCUGCGCUUCCCGACGUUGUUGUGCCGACGUGAUUUCCGCUGAAAAAACUUACAGCUGUACAUGGCACGCGCUCAUCCGAUAGAUAAUCUUGUUUUGUUAUUGCAGCAGCAUAAUGAAAACUGUAUAAAUCAGCGCCCUUGUUUAAUCGGCCAUGCCGGCUUUAGUAGCUGUUAAGGAAUGCAGUAGGCUUUCCGCGGCUGGCUUGGCCCUGUUGUUCAUUACAGUGAGCCGCUGGUCGAGGUUCGUGCUCUGAAGCUUGUAUCGUGGCACCCACCAAACGUUUUUGACGAAUCCUGUAUUUUCUCAUGAUUUUAUCAAAGAUUUCGUCUUCUGA